GUUGCCCGUCGGUCGUCGCGACGUGUACGUUCUGUUCGUUUGCCUUUCCGUAAGUUGUUUGUUUCCGAUAAUUUUUCUUGCGAAACGUUUUCGCGUGUAAUCAACGUUUAUUCGGCGUCUCGUCGCCGCGCGGUUCGUUCCGUGGUGUGAAUAUUUAUAACAUGUUCCGAUCUCGUCGCGGGUGCCGAUCAUCGACUUCCGGAGAGUAAUAAAUCUCUGCGUUUUUUUUUCUGUAGUUUUUGUUCUGAUUGUUUUUACUAAUUUUUAUUUCUCUAUCGUUCGUUGUUUUGUAUCUGCGCUUGUGGUGUGUAUAUUAUUAUCAUUUAUAUUUUACUCUCGAGUGCGUGCAGGCAAGGGGAGAAAAUAUGACAACUCUCAGACGACGGAAAUUUGGCCGUCACUUGCUGUUGCCGCUACUGCUAUUGGCGUUGAUAUCUAUCGGCAACGUUACAGGACAAUAUAGAAAACCGAGAAUUACUGAACAUCCGACAGAUAUAACAGUACCGAAAAAUGAGCCUAUCACUUUAGGAUGUAAAGCUGAAGGUCGACCAGAGCCGACGAUUGAAUGGUAUAAAGAUGGUGAAUUGUUAAAAAUUCCACCCAAUGGUGCAGCAGCUGCUGGAGGUGGUGAUAAUGGAGCUAGAUCUCAGAAAGUUAUCCUUUCUGACGGAUCACUGUUUUUCCUGAGAGUGGCGCAUAAUAAGAAAGAACAGGACAGUGGAGUCUAUUGGUGUGUGGCUAAAAAUCUAGCUGGCACAGAAGUCAGUCGAAACGCAACUCUCCAAGUAGCAGUAUUGAAAGAUGAAUUUCGAGUAGAACCGAAAGACACGAAAGUGGCUCAGGGACAAACGGCACUCUUGGAGUGCAGUCCGCCGAAAGGUCAUCCAGAUCCAAUGGUCGUUUGGAAGAAAGACGGUGAAGACGUGCACAUUGACUCGACUACAAGAAUGCGAAUCGUAGACGGUGGCAAUCUGAUGAUUACGGACGUCCGGCAAGACGAUGGUGGCGAAUAUCUGUGUGUGGCCCAAAACAUUGUUGCCAUGAGGGAAUCCACACCAGCCAAAUUGACCAUAAAUGUGAAACCAUUUAUGAACACUGAACCUAAAGACGUUACCGUUCAUACCGGACAAACAGCUGAAUUCGAAUGCAAGGUGGGCGGUGAUCCAAAACCAAACAUCUACUGGGAACGCGAGGGUAGUAAAAUGCCUUUUGGACGGGCUCAAAUAUUAGAUAACAAAUCACUGCGGAUCAUCAAUGUGAUGGCUCAAGACGAAGGACUCUAUGUUUGUAAUGCCGAAAACGACGUGGGUUCUGAGAAAGCUAAAGCAUCAUUGACUGUUCACUCCCCGCCAACAUUUGUAUCCAAACCCAAGGAUCAGAAAGUGGGCCUCAACGGAAUUGCAAAUUUCGAUUGCGUAGCCCAGGGCAACCCUCCACCGUCGGUGUUUUGGACACGUGAAGGAUCUCAAGUACUCAUGUUUCCUGGAAAUUCGUACGGACACUUUCAUGUAACUCAAGAGGGCACUUUGCGCAUACAAGGCGCUCAAAAAGAAGACACCGGGUUCCUCGUGUGUUCAGCGCUGUCUGUCGCCGGAUCAGUUACUUGGAGAGCAUUCUUACAAGUCACAUCCGUGCAAGAUGUUCCUCCGCCAGUUGUCGACAUCGGGCCUACUAACCAAACGCUCGCAACUAGAUCGGCGGCUACGUUACCGUGCCAGGCGUCUGGUAUACCAUUGCCCACUAUCAAAUGGUACAGAAACGGCAAUUAUUUGUCUCCAGACGAUCCUAGAGUGACUAUAACGUCGUCGGGAACAUUGCAAAUUGAUGAAUUAGAAGUAUCCGACUCCGGUCUGUACACGUGUACCGCGUCUUCGGAGAACGGCGAGACUUCCUGGUCGGCGUCGCUGAGCGUUGAGGAAUCCCCGGGAUUACGUCUCCACCGGGCCCCUGAUCCAGCCAUGUUCCCGGCAGCCCCUUCAGUGCCAACCAUCGUGAACGUAACCAAAAAUUCCGUCACAGUCACGUGGCAGCCGCCCACUCCGCACUUGGGCGCGUCGCCGAUUAUCGGGUACACGCUCGAGUAUUACAGCUCCGACCUGCAAACCGGAUGGGUAGUCGCCGCGCAUCGCAUAUCGACCAAUACCAUGAUCGUUGAAAAUCUGAAACCAGACACGUCUUACGUGUUCAUGGUGAGGGCGGAAAACUCGCAUGGUCUAAGCGUUCCAAGCGCGUUGUCCGCCAUGGUGAAAACCGGAGGGACAAAUACGAUCAUCACGCAACAAUCGUUGGAAGAAGCCAGGGAGCGUCUCGGCACCAAAAUCAUAGACUUCAAAGAACUGUUUGCAAUAUCGUCUACUUCGGUCAGAAUCAUAUGGGAGGUGAUGAACAAUCCCGAAUGGGUAGAAGGUAUUCAUGUUCGGUUCAGAGACUUAUCGGGCGGCUCUCAAACUUACAACAUGAUGACGGUGAUGAUGAAUAACGGUGAACCUAAGCUGUAUACUCUAGCCAACCUCCGGAAAUUUACCAAGUACGAUUUCUUCUUAGUGCCAUUCUUCAAGACUGUCGAAGGACAACCGUCGAAUUCGAUGGUAGUACAAACUAAAGAGGAUGCUCCGUCGGCGGCUCCGGAAGAUGUUCAAACCGGUAUGAUAAACGCUACUACCGCGUUUAUCCGAUGGUCAGCGCCUCCUCCGCAGCACAUUAACGGUGUGCUAGUAGGAUAUAAAAUACAAGUGAAGAACAACAACGCUACUAGAGCCACUGUACAAGAACUGCUGAACUCGUCGACCACGAUGAUAUUGCUCAAUUUGACUGUGGGUGGCAGUUUCACUGCCAGAGUUCAGGCGUACACGCGGAGUGGAUACGGUCCCUACAGCGCUCCGGUGCCGAUCAUCAUGGAUCCAGCGUACCCGUCCCGAGCCUACUCAUCUACGACCAACGGUGAAGCUUGGAUCAUCGUGCUUUUAGCAGCCCUGGUCGUCAUGUUAGCUUGCGUAAUCGUUACCGUGGUGUACUUGAAGCGAAAGCAGAACGCGGGAAAACAGUUAGGCCAUUUCAACGUACCAGUGGUCAGCGGUGACUUGUCUCAGUUAAGCAUGUUGAGCGCUGGCGGCAAGGAGGCGUUGUGGAUCGACCGUGGAUGGCGCAACGGGGAGAAGGACCCCGAGUCGAAACUUUUGAACGGUAUAGGUCGGGAGACUACUUGCGCAGACUAUGCCGAAGUGGACACGCGAAACUUAUCAACGUUCUACAACCCACGCAAAGAGAUGUUGUCAAAUCCUACGCCGUACGCCACGACAACACUGCUAAACAGAGACGAUUGCAAUGAAUCAACUCAUUUGUUCGGAGCUGCAAGCAGUUCAUCCGAAACAAAAACUCUUAGCUCCAAUGGAUCUUGCCAUGAACGUUGCCACGAACAAGUAACUGCGUCUAACCAUUAUCUUGACGAAAACAUUGACUUCAACAAUCACAAGCGGAAACCGCCAAUUUAUCCGAUCAAUCAAGCGCCGCCCCCGAAUUGGAAUGAGUUCCUCCCACCACCCCCUCAACACCCUCCUACCGACUCUAUGCGAAAAACGUCUCAGUCCAACGGUGGUAGUCCCCAGACGAGUCGCCGCAUGCACGCCGGUAAUUUUUCUAAACCAUCGCAUAUCCAAUCCAGUAAGUCCUUAGCUGGUAGCUGCAACGGCUACACACCUGCAUGGAUCUACACCGGUCAGAGCAACGAACACAGAUUCAAUCCACCUCCUUCCACUCAACCACCUCCGGUGCCCAACUCAUCGCACCCGCCCGUGUGCAACCUCUCGUCAUGUCAGGGACUCGACCGGACAAACAAGUACGGAGGGUCGAGGAACCGGAUGCCUUCGGAUUACGAGUACGAAAGCGCGUCCCUGCUGUACGGCCACGUCAAUCAGCCGCUACCGUGCAACAGCAAACGGUCGCCAGAAGAUCAGCAGCAGCCGUUCAACACUUGCUGCUCCGAAAGCAAUAGCAUCGAUCGUUGUGUGCAGUCCACUUUACCAGGUCUCGCGUACAAACACCAUUCCGAACAAUGGCGCCGGGAUCAACGUGGUUGGUGUAAUGAAGACGACGAUGACGAUGACGGCGGCGGCGGAGGUGGUGGUGGUGGUGGUGGUGGCUCUAGCGAUGGAAUCGAUGGUGGUGAUGACAAGGGUAGCUGUAGCAGUGGUUGUUCGUGCAGCGAAUCGUCUUGUCUGUAUGCCGAGGCGUCCGACUUGCCGUGUCCGGUGGCGACUGCGGUCCGCAAAUAAUACGCGUACGCUUCACUCGCCGCUUUAAGACUUUCAUCUCGUGACUCUCGACUCAUCUGUACUAGGUCGCACAUUUCUCCUCCGACCGAGUUCUAAAAAUAUUCACCGAGUUUACGGUUCGGACAUUGCGACCACGUAUAAUAGUUUCACGAUGCAAAGAGUAUUCACUGACUCACCGAAAUGACACGUUCGGUAGGAGCGUGGUUCGGUUGGACCUUAUGUAUUUCAUGGUUUUUUAUACAUAUAUUUAUAUGUCGCGUUUGCGCACUAACAAUUAAAAAAUGUUUUGUAGACAGGCCGGAUGCUCGUAAAUUUUUUACUAUGUAAAUAUAUAUUUAUUAUUAUAAAUUAUAUCGGACAAAUCAAAAUAUUUCGAAACUCUUUUAUACCCACAUAUAUAUAUAUACUAUAUACGAACUAUACUUUUUCCUACUCGUAUAUUGUACUUUGUUUUAUAUGUACCUAAUCAACGUAAUCGUGACAUAAUAUAUUGUAUAGGUGUAAAACGUAUAUAUACACUUUACCGUUAUCUAAGUAUGAUAUUAUAUCUAUAUUUGACUUUUAUAAAUAUUAAAAAGUUUUGUAAACUUUUUUUUGUG